AUGAUUCCUUUGUGGUUCGGACAAUCCAGAUCAACGCAGAUCAUCGCGCAGAUUCUACUGCUUGGAACCAUUCUAUUCCUACUACGACAAAUUCCGCGCCUUCCCAGCAACAAAUACGACAACGCCGUUGAAUGGCCAGAAAAGGAGCCGACGAAUGUGAAACACGUUUAUGAUUCUGUCAAGCCGACACCUGCUCAGCCUGAUGUUGAUAGGGUGACGAAACAUGGCUCUGGCAAGUCGACGCCCGCGAAGGAUGUGUUCGGCAAGUCAACGCCUGCAAAAGAUGUGUUCGGCAAGUCGACGUCUGCAACAGAUGACGUGAGCAAGUCCACCUCUGCUAAACAUAACUUGAGCGAUGGAACACAUCUCAAGGGGAACACGUCGCAUGUUAAUGCCACAACUACGCGCUCGUCUUAG